AUGGCGAUUCCCUUGGUCCUCGCUCUGGCGUGGUUUCUGCCACUAGUACUUGCCGCCAGUCUUACUCAAGUGAAUAGCUUUGGAGACAACCCUGGUUCGUUGCAAAUGUAUAUCUAUGUCCCUAGUACCCUGGCUUCAAAACCAGCGGUCAUUGUCGCGAUGCACCCCUGCGGUGGAAGCGCUACCCAGUACUAUGGGAUGUACGACUACCACUCUCCAGCGGAUCAGUAUGGAUAUAUCCUCAUUUACCCGAGCGCAACACGGGAUUACAACUGCUUUGACGCCUACAGCAGCGCAUCUCUUACACACAAUGGCGGCAGUGAUUCGCUCUCCAUUGUUAACAUGGUGAAAUACGUGAUCUCUACCUAUGGCGCGGAUCCUUCUAAGAUCUAUAUGACGGGAUCUUCAUCCGGAGCGAUCAUGACCAACGUCCUUGCUGGCGCAUAUCCUGAUGUUUUUGCAGCGGGAUCUGUAUUCUCGGGCAUGCCAUAUGCGUGCCUCUACGGCGCUGGGGCAGCCGAUCCCAGGAUGUCGAAUCAGACUUGCUCUCAGGGUCAGAUCCAGCAUACCGGUCAGCAGUGGGCAGCGUUCGUGCACAAUGGCUAUCCUGGAUAUACGGGCCAAUAUCCACGAUUACAGGUCUGGCACGGAACGGCAGACAACGUCAUCUCUUACGCUGACCUAGGCGAAGAAGUCAGCCAAUGGAGCACGGUCAUGGGCCUGAGUUUUACGGGAAAUCAGACCAACACGCCUCUAUCGGGAUACACCAAGAUGAUUUAUGGUGACGGGUCGCAGUUUCAAGCUUAUUCCGCUGCAGGUGUAGGCCAUUUUGUGCCGACUGAUGUGUCAGCGGUUCUUGACUGGUUUGGGAUUACCGGCGGUACGACGACGACGACGACAAAGACGAUGCCAUCCACAUCGACGACACCCCCCACAACCACCUCCAGCACAGGGGGAUGCGCUGCAGCGCAUUGGGCUCAAUGUGGAGGUAUUGGCUAUACGGGAUGUACUACUUGUGCCAGUCCAUAUACUUGCCAGAAGAUGAAUGAUUAUUAUUCGCAGUGUCUAUGA